AACAAAUUCAAUAAACUUAUAAUUAUUCUAUACUUUAACCUUUUAUUAAUUUAUUUUGCCAAUUAUUAGAAUCAAAAUCGAAUUAAAAUUGUUACCACAAUUUUCGAUUUAUUGUAACAGUCAAAUCAUCUUCAGAUAUGGCUUCAGCAAUGGACGUUGACGAUGAGGAGAACGAGGUUCCGACCUCCAGCAGUGGAAAAGGUGAAAAAAAGAGGUUCGAAGUUAAAAAAUGGAAUGCUGUUGCACUUUGGGCCUGGGACAUAGUUGUUGAUAAUUGUGCUAUUUGUCGAAAUCAUAUAAUGGAUUUAUGUAUUGAAUGCCAAGCUAAUCAAGCCUCUGCUACAAGUGAGGAAUGCACAGUGGCGUGGGGUGUUUGUAAUCAUGCAUUUCAUUUUCAUUGUAUCUCAAGAUGGCUAAAAACUAGGCAAGUUUGCCCAUUAGACAAUCGUGAAUGGGAGUUUCAAAAAUAUGGGCAUUAAAGGAGCCAUUAUCAGAAGAUCAAGUUAUUUUCAGUAUCAUCAGCAAAAAACAUGAAAAGAAAUAUUCAAUUAUAAUUAUUCUAAAUUAAGUGCUUGAUUUGAUUAUAAUUAAGUUUAUCCAUUUCUCUAAUUUUUUUUGUAUUGUAUUUGUUUAUGUUUGAAUAAUUUUGUAUUAUAUUAAGUUAAACGACUUCAGUAAGUUGGAAGAUUUUAUUUUCUAAAAAUAAAUGCAUUUCUUUCUAUA